AUGGGUGAGCGCCGCGCGCCGGUGCUUCUGCCACGUACCAAGUCGAUCAAAGCUGUGGUAGCCAAGCAAUACCAAGCCGUCGCCAAGACAUAUCCUUCCUUGCCUACCACCAUUCAAAGCAGUGAAGAUGCAACGGAACUUGCCGUGGCCAACCUGAUCGAAGCCGACAUUGUCCAACUGCAGCGAGACGAGUCGCAACUUCGAGGCCUAGAGGUGGAAUUGCGACGUCGUUCCAGUCUGGCCUCGCAACGGAUCCAACUCCAUGCCGAUGUGGACGCCCUGAAAAAGACCAACCACCACCUCGCCGCGAUCUUGGCUGCCAUGCAAACGGCGCACGACCGCGCUAUGCAACAAGUGGUGCAAGAUAGCCGCAGUUUUGAGCUGAAAUACUGUACUUGCGCCACUAUAGCCGACGUCGAUGUCGUGGUGCAGCGCCGUUGCCAAGCGCUCAACCAACAACUUGAUAAGACAGAUAUACGAAGUCCAGCAGCGAUUGCCCCCGAUGCGAUUGAUGCAGUACGUCGCCUUCUCGUGGCCCACAUUCCAUUGCGACUAAAGACCCUCCCUAGCGCGGAUGGGUGGCUGAUCCAGCGCCGCUUUCAAUGCGACUCGACGACGUUGGCUCGGGAGAUUUCGACGGCGAUGAUGUUUCUGUCCGCCCACGACCUGCCCCUCGUUCUUCACUGGCAUCUUCGUCGAGCAGUCGUCAUCCGACUGGGGGCGCGCCAAAAGCACAACCCCCUUCGGAGCGCCGACAUCCAGAACGCGAUUCAAAGAUGCAGCGACUUGAUUCCCUCGACGUUGACGACAUCGAACUCGAGGGCCAAGUUUCCACUCGGGAAUCGGCCAUUCCAUCACGGACUCCUCGUAGGUUACUUGGAGUAA